AUGGAUAGAUAUGUAGAAGAUGAUCUACAAGGACAAAAAAUGGCGCUUGCUACCAAAUUCAUUAUCACAUUCACCUUACUUUCACUUCUUUUCCUUGUUCUUUUUUUAUCUCCAAUAAAUCAAACCCACAACAUUCUUUCUUCCUCCAGUUUGCCAUUACCUUCAAUCUUCAGACUUCUGCAAGAUGAUGCUGAACCCAAGAUCAAAGAAAAUGACAUUACAUUGGCAAGAAUCGAAGAACAGUUAGCUAAGGCAAGAGGUAAAAUUCGCAAAGCGAUUGUUGAGAAGAGCUUUGCAUCGAGUCAAAUAAAUGGGAGUUUCAUCCACCAUGGACCCGUCUACAAGAACCCGUUUGCCUUUUUUCAGAGUCAUACAGAGAUGAUGAAGACAUUCAAAAUAUGGACUUAUAAGGAAGGAGAUGUCCCCUUGAUGCAUAAUGGUCCGAUGAAAUUUGUAUAUAGUAUCGAGGGUGACUUCAUCGAGGAAAUGGAGAGAAAAGGAAAUCCAAUGGUGGCUAAGCAUCCCGAUGAAGCACAUGUCUUCUUUAUCCCCAUAAGUAUAACCAAGAUUGUUCACUACCUUUUUAUGCCUGAUGAUGAACCCUUUGCUUUUAUUGAUCGGACAUUGCAACCAAUAGUCGAAGACUACAUUAAUGUCAUCGCCGAAAAAUAUCCUUUUUGGAACCGUAGCAACGGAGCUGAUCACUUCUUUGUAUCAUGUCAUGAUUGGGGACCAUUUGUUUCAAAAGGAAACGCUAAACUCUUUGAGAAUUUCAUAAGAGUGCUUUGCAAUGCCAACAGCUCGGAAGGUUUCGUUCCAAGUCGGGAUGUGUCGAUGAGUGAGAGUGGAAUACAUGGUUAUGUAAGAAAACGUUUAUUCGAACAUUGGGGAAACAAUGAAGAUAACGAUAUUCAAGUUUACAAUUACCUUCCAAAAGGAGAAAACCACACCGAAUGGUUGACCAAAAUAAUCAUCAAGAGUCAUUACGUUAUACCAUAUAGCGAUGUGUUGGAUUGGAGUCAGUUUUCAGUACAAGUAUCCGUAGAUGACAUUCCAAAUCUCAAAAGCAUUUUGCAAGAGAUACCUUUUUCGAGGUAUUUGGAAAUGCAAAGAAGGUUAAUGGAAGUGCAAAGACAUUUUGCGGUUAACAUGCCAGCUAAAUAUUUUGAUGUCUUUCACAUGAUUUUUCAUUCUGUAUGGCUUAGAAGACUCAAUGUUCGAUUGUUGAAAUCUUGA